AUGGCUACCGAACUGACCGUCCAGAGCGAGCGUGCUUUCCAAAAGCAGCCGCACAUCUUCCUCAACAGCAAGACCAAGGUCAAGUCCGCCCGGCCGGGCAAGGGCGGUCGGAGAUGGUACAAGGACGUUGGCCUGGGUUUUCGGACCCCGAAGGCUGCCAUUGAGGGCCAGUACAUCGACAAGAAGUGCCCCUUCACCGGCAUGGUUUCGAUCCGCGGCCGUAUCCUUACCGGCACCGUCGUCUCGACCAAGAUGCACCGCACCCUCAUCAUCCGCCGCGAGUAUCUCCACUACAUCCCCAAGUACAACCGGUACGAGAAACGCCACAAGAACCUUGCCGCGCACGUGUCGCCGGCUUUCCGUGUUGAGGAGGGUGAUCAAGUUACCGUUGGCCAGUGCAGGCCUCUGAGCAAGACUGUGCGGUUCAACGUUCUCCGCGUGCUUCCCCGGAGCGGCAAGUCGGUCAAGAAGUUCAGCAAGUUCUAG